CUGAGUUCCUUGUAGUAGACAGCAGUGUGAGUGAAGUGAGAAGUCGUCACUGUCAUUUUAGACGUCUGUCACUAGUCAGCGUUAGUUUAAUGUUAAGAAUUUGAAGGUCAUGGGCUACAAACUUUAUGAAAAACUAUUUUUAACAACAAUUAAUAAUAGUAUUGUUUAGAUUAAUCAAUCAACAUCUUUAAACUUUAGUUUGAAAGUAAUUCAGAUCAUUUAUAUUUUUAAACAAUUCAUUUCUAGGCCCCUAUAGGCUAUUUCAUUAAACAAAAUAUCUAACUAUGUCUAUUAGUCAAGUUGCAAAGACAAUUUGGUCAAAGUUUAUGGUAGAUCGGAAUCAGUUUGGAAGGGUAUUGGACAAAGUUAAAAUAAUAUCAGCUAGCGAUGGACGAUGUACAGCAGAAUUAAAAGUAUCUGAAGAACAUUCUAAUUCUCAAGGAACGUUACACGGUGGCUUGUCUGCGACGAUUGUAGACUGUGUGUCUACCCUGGCUCUUGUCACACAUAAGAGACAGGCAGUGGGUGUAUCAGUUGACCUGCAUGUCACGUAUUUAAAAGGUGCUGCUAUUGGUGAAGAUGUUAUUAUUGAGGCAAACACUCUACGUGCAGGAAAAACUUUAGCUUUCCUUGAAGUAUAUAUCAAGAAAAAAGGUGAUGGUAGUUUAGUUGCUAAAGGCUCUCAUACUAAAUUCGUAGGAAAUGAAAGUGGGAACAUAUUUGACAAAAUCUGAGGUAGUUGUGGUUAGAUUUUAUCAGUAAGUGGAAAUAGCAGUAAAUGAGAUAUUAUUUAUUGAUAAGAAAAUAUACAUGUUACAUAAAACAAA